AGCGAAACCUUUUACCUCACUCUCUCUUUUCUCUCCGAUGUAAACCAUCACCGGAUAUCGUCCCGCCGUGCCGGAGGUGGCGGGACACUACAAAAUCCAACAUUUUGACUAGGAAUACAAAUCUCUCUUCUCCCUCUAUCUAAACCCCAUGCUCAUUUUUUCAAUAAAGCUUAAAAACCCACCUUAAUCUUGCUUUUUUCAGUGAAACCCUAAGGCUAAGCUCUACUUCUUUCAGAGCUUUGAUGAUAAGCUCUGAAGAAGCUGGUGAUGGAGCUUUAGAGUGAUUUUCGUGAGGGUUUCGGAAUUGAAUUUGGCAGAGGUUCUUUAGGGGGAGAUUGCCUCAUGAUGAAGGUUUUUAUAGGUGAUAGAAUUUGGGAGGGAAAUUCUGUUAAGUAUCAUGGAUUUGAGGCCCUAAGAUUGAAAUCCGAGGCUAGGGUUUAGUCAAUGGAUUGUGUUGGUUUAAAAUGAUAUUUCAAGUGGUUUGUUUGUGUUUCUUUUGUGCUAAGUUUAGUGGAAAAAGUGAAAUGUAGGUGUGUUAGUUUAUGUCUCAAGAGUUAGUUAGGGUUUGAAUUUGAUUUUGGAGGGAAACAAACUAAUUAGGGGCAUUUUAGGUAUUUAGCCAGGACACGUGGCAGUUGAAGGUUAAAUGGUUGGUUUAGUACUUAGGUUAACUGAAUUGAAGGUAAGAAGUGAAUAAAAACAGUUAGUAGUAGGUGUUAACUAGGAUUUGCUUGAUGAUAGUUAAAAACCAUGAUAAUACAUGUAUGAUGUGGAUGAUUGGCUUAUGAUGUUGAAAGUGUAUUGGCUUGAUGAUAUCUUGGCUUAUGUAGAUUUGUUUUUACAUGUAUGUAUUGUGAUUGAAUUAUGGGAUCAGUAUGUGUUUUUUUUUAAUGAUCUUACAUGAGGAAAUGCUUGGUCUUGUUUCUUGUACAGUUAUGGAUGGCAUAGUGGGCUAUGUAGAUUUUUUUGGAAUGUGUAUGCACCAUUACAUGCUGUUUUGCUUGAGCUGAAAGUGGUAUGAUAGAAAUCAUGAAUUGCCUUGAUGCAUUAGUAUGGAUGCCUGCACGGAGGGACUGAAUACAUAUGCAUAGCUUGCGUCAUGUUUCAUUUGCUUUGUAGGUUUGUGUACUGCAUGCAUACUGAUGUGGAUCAAGCUGUCUUGAUGUGCUUUGCAUUGGCAUUUUGAAUAUACUUGUUGAACCUGCUAUGCUGAGAAUGAAGUGUAUAUUGGGAUGCAUUGAUUGUUUUGUUCUUGAACAUGCUUAUGAGCUGAUAUGCACUACUGAACAUGUAUGUCAUUAUGGAUUUGCCAUAUGGACUGGAUAUUUCUAAACUGAUGGAUUGGUAUUGAAUGCCUUGCAUUGAUUUUGUUAUGUUUGCAUCUCUUUUUGGUUUGCACAUGGUUCAUUCUCUUGGUCAUAGCAUAAUGAAAGAAGUGUGCUGGAUGGAUUAUGUUGGACUGAUAGCAUUUUCCUUGUUGGCAGGUAUGAAACAUGGUGCAUGAAGUCAUGGCAUGAGAUUUUGGAUGUAUGGCCUUAAAACCAUUAAACAUGAUGAAUUGAUGAAGAUCGUGGCGAAGUGCAAUGCUUGAAGGCAUGAGGGGAAAUAGGUUUUAAAAAAAAAAUGAAAUAUAUCUUUUAUCAAUAUCAAUUAUUUAUAUUUCACAUAUAUAUAAUUAUUUUAUGAGUAAAUAAAUUAAGACAUUAACUUUUCCAUUUCUUUUAUUAUACACUACAAAAAAGAAAUGAUUGGACCUAUAUAAUUUGUACAUUAUAUAAACUAAAGUAGAACCAUAUGCUUAAGAAAGAAGCAUUCUAAUAUUUAAAACAACAUAAUUAUUUCAUUACAGCUAGUAGUAGUCUUUGCUUUCAUGCUCACUUUUCACAAUCACGUCCCACCAUAUUGUUAUAUGGACCAUACAUUGCACUAAUAUCAAUUAUUGGACCAAUAUUCCAUAUAUACAUUGCUUUACUAUUAUUACCACUGCGAACCAUUCACACAUCAGUCUUUACUAUCUAUUCACAUAGAUCUUCAUUUCCUUCAAACUUUUGUUAAUCAACAUGGCUGCAACUAUGAUUGGAAGCGCUUUCCUCUCAGCAACUGUUCAAACCUUAGUUGAGAAACUUGCUUCCAAAGAGUUUCUUGAUUACUUCAAAAACACCAAACUCGAUGACUCACUCUUGGAACAGUUAAGAGCACCACUACUCACUCUUAAUGUUGUGCUAGAUGCUGCAGAGGAGAAGCAGAUCAACACUCCUUCUGUCAAAGACUGGCUUGACGGCUUGAAAGAUGCUGUCUACGACGCUGAAGAUCUGCUCAACCAAAUCAGCUAUGACUCCCUUCGAUGCAAGAUGGAGAACACGCAACCUGCAAGCAAAACUAAACAGGUCUGGAACUUCUUUUUUUCUCCUGCAAAUAACUAUGAAGAGAUCAAUUCCCAAAUGAAAAAAAUAUACUUAAACCUGAAACAUUUCGCUGAAAAUAACGAUAUCAUUAGCUUGCAAACUAAAAGUGUCAGAGUUUCUCAUAGAACACCUUCCAGUCCUAUGUUCAAUGAAUCUGUCAUGGUUGGUAGGAAAGAUGACCAAGAGAAAGUAACAAACAUGUUGCUAUCAGAAAGCAAUACUAAUAUAGGCAUAGUUGCAAUUCUAGGCAUGGGAGGUGUCGGAAAAACAACACUUGCACAACUUGCUUACAAUGAUGAAAAUGUUCAAAAGCACUUUGAUCUCACAGCAUGGGCUUGUGUAUCAGAAGAUUUUGAUGUUUUUAGAGUAACCAAAACUCUCCUAGAAUCUGUCACUAAAUCACCAUGGGAAACCACUAAUCUCGAUUUACUUCGAGUUGAGUUAAAGAAAAAUUUGAGGGACAAAAGAUUCUUCAUUGUGUUGGAUGACUUAUGGAAUGACAGUUGUUCUGAUUGGGAAGAUCUUGUAUCGCCGUUGAUUUAUGGAAAAAAUGGAAGCAGAGUGAUCAUCACCACACGCCACAAAAAAGUGGCAGAUGCUGCACGCACAUUUCCUAUUUUUGAAUUAGAUCCUCUAUCAGAUGAAGACAAUUGGUCUUUACUCUCCAAAUGUGCAUUUGGAAGUGGAGACUUUUCUGAAACUCAAAAGAGAAAUGUAGAAGCAAUAGGAAGGAAGAUUGCAAGAAAGUGUGGUGGAUUGCCAAUUGCUGCGAAAUCACUUGGAGGACUAUUGCGUUCGAAAGUAGAUCCUGAAGAGUGGAUUGAAGUUCUGAACAACGACAUAUGGAACUUAAAGGAUGAUAAUAUUCUGCCUGCAUUGCGCUUGAGUUAUCGAUAUCUUUCCUCUCAAUUGAAAAGAUGUUUUUCCUAUUGCUCUAUUUUUCCAAAGGACUAUCCACUUGAUAGGAAGCAAUUGGUUUUGUUGUGGAUGGCAGAAGGCUUCCUUGAUCAUUCUCAAGACAAAAAAACCAUGGAAGAAGUAGGUGAUGAAUGUUUUACUGAAUUGUUAUCCAGAUCAUUGAUUCAGCAAUUGCAUAAUGAUUCUAGUGGACAGAAAUUUGUCCUGCAUGACCUUGUUAAUGAUUUAGCUACGGUCGUAUCUGAAAAAUGUUGUUACAGACUUGAAUUUGGUGCUAAGAGCUCUGAAACUGUUCGCCACUUGUCAUAUAUUAAAAAAAGAUAUGACAUUUUCAAGAAGUUUAAGACUUUUGACAAAUUCAAACGCUUGAGAAGCUUCCUUGGCUUUGACCCUGGAUGUGCAUCAAAUAAUUUAUCAAGAAAGGUGGUCGAAGAUUUGCUACCCACAUUUGGAAGGUUGCGUGUGUUAUCGUUAUCAAAAUAUAGAAACAUCACCAUGCUACCCAUUACAAUUGGCAAUUUAGUGCAGUUGCGCUAUCUAGAUCUCUCUUACACGAAUAUCGCAAGAUUGCCUGGCACCAUAUGCAAUCUCUAUUACUUGCAAACCUUGAUUUUAUCUUGCUGCUCAAAACUCACAGAAUUGCCUGAACAUGUUGGAAAAUUAAGUAAUUUGCGUCAUCUUUAUAUUGAUAGGACAAGCAUAUCAGAGAUGCCGAAGCAAAUUGCUGAACUAGAAAACCUUCAAACUCUAACUCUUUUUGUAGUAGGCAAGAAACAUAUUGGUUUAAGUGUUAGAGAGCUUGGGAAGUUUCCUAAGCUACGGGGAAAGUUACUCAUCAAGAACCUGCAAAAUGUCAAUGAUGUCAUGGAGGUAAGUGGUACCAACUUGAAGAGCAAAGAACAUAUUGAGGAAUUGACGCUAGAGUGGGGCAAGGAAACUGAUGACACACUUAAUGAAAAAAAUGUGCUUGAUAUGUUAAAACCAUCUACAAACCUAAAGGAACUGAGAAUUGUAUCAUAUGGUGGGACAAGUUUUCCAAGUUGGUUUGGAGAUCCUUCUUUUUCUAACAUGGUGUCCCUCAGCAUUAGUAAUUGUGAGAAUUGCACGACACUUCCAUCACUAGGGCAGCUACCUUCUCUCAAGGACUUGCUAAUUGGUAGAAUGACAAUUUUGGAGACAAUUGGGCAGCAGUUCUAUGGCAUGGCAGCAGGAGGUUCCAGUUCUUCGUUCCAACCAUUUCAAGCCCUUGAGAAUUUGGACUUUUUGUUCAUGGAAAAUUGGAAGGAAUGGUGUCCUUUUCCAAACAACAUGUUUCCUUUUCCUCGUCUGAAAACCCUGAAGUUAUUCAAGUGUCCAAAAUUGAAAGGACAUUUACCUAGUCAUCUUCCUUCCUUAGAAGAGAUUGAAAUAUAUGAUUGUGAUCAUCUCUUGGCAACACCACCUACUCAACAUUGGCUCUCCUCAAUAAAAAAGAUUCGUAUUGUGGAAGAUUCAGAUUCAAUAAGCAAUACUGAAAGGACCCAAUACUCAUUGCUCGAGAGUGAUUCUCCAUGUCUGCUGCAAACAAUAGACAUAUGGAGCAGUCAUAUGCUAAAAUCUGUACCUAAAUUGAUUUUAAACAGCACUUGUCUUCGACGAUUGGAUCUCAAUCAUAUUAGUUCUCUCACUACGAUUCCAACAAAUGGUUUACCCACUUCUUUGCAAUCACUUCGUAUUCAAAAAUGUGAGAACUUAACAUUCCUUCCUCCUGAAAUGUGGAGCAAUUACACAUCCCUUGUGACUCUUAGAUUAGACUACUGCAAUUCAAUUACCUCCGUCCCAUUGAAUUGUUUUCCUAUGCUCCAAAAUUUUUCCAUCUAUGAUUGCAACAGUUUGGAAUCUAUUUUUAUUUCAGAAACUUUGCCUUGUAGCUCGUCAGCCCUCAAAUCUUUUCAUGUCAAUUCUUGCGAGGAACUUAGAUCACUACCUCAACGGAUGGACACCCUCACCACUCUUGAAUCGUUAUUUCUAAAGAAUCUUCCAAAUCUGAAUUUAUCAUUAUGUGAAGGAGCUUUCCUACCUCCCAAUUUACAAUCAGUUAGUGUUGAAUCUGUGAGGAUAACAAAGCCGGUAAGAGAAUGGGGUUUCCAAUGUCUCACUGCUCUUUCAUCAUUGCAUAUCAAAGGUGAUGCUAUUGUGAACAUAUUGCUCAAAGAGCCGUUGUUACCCAUUUCCCUUGUGUGUCUAGAAAUCAAUGAUCUCUCUGAAAUGAAAUCCUUAGAAGGAAUUGGACUUCGACACCUCUCCUCUCUAGAAACCCUUUCUUUUAAUGGUUGUCCGGGGCUUGUGUCAUUGACAGAAAAAGCCUUUCCCUCCUCGCUGAAAACACUUAGUUUUUAUAAGUGUACAACACUAAAGUCAUUGCCAGAAAAAGCCUUUCCCUCCUUGCUGAAAACACUUUCUUUACGCAGUUGUCCAAGACUAGAGUCAUUGCCAGAAGACAGUCUCCCUACCUCUUUGGAAGAACUGUCCAUUGGAGGAUGCCCAUUGUUAGAAGAAAGGUAUAAAAGGAAGGAACAUUGGUCCAAAAUUGCUCACAUCCCAGUCAUACAAAUAAAUGACCAACUCACAAUAUGAGCCAUGGCCAUUGAGAAGCCAAGAGAAUGAAGAAUUUCAAUUCUGUUUCAGAGUCCAGGUAAUUUGGUAAUUCAAUUGGGUGUGUUUGUUCUUGUGGCUGACGUAGAUUGCUAGAAGACUGAGAUGAAAAAGAGAGCUGAAUUUGGUUGCUUAAGAAGGUUAUCGCCCGUUCUCUUCUCCAACAGUGCAACCUAUUGUAUUUCUCUCAGUUUUUUUAUUCUGUACCACAUAAAUGUUUAUAUGUUUUCUUUCUAUCUUAAUCAUGUGAAGACAUUUAUGAAUUGUAUUAUUAAAUGUAACCGUUACUACAGUGAGUGUGCUUUUACCUUUGAAGACUUUGCAACUCGUUUUGUUUUCCAAUUUCAGCAAACAAUGAAAAGUCCUUGAUAGUGGUUUGGAUGUAUGUAUUUUCCAAGGGUAUUAUUUUGGUGGAUAGUUGUUAUCCAAUGUGAAUAAGAUGGCAACAAUCAAGUUUAUAUUAUAGCACAUGUCAUUGAUAAUGUGAAGUGGUAGCAUAUGUUAUUCAUUAUGAGAAGAGGUUGUUUGUAACACUUACAUGAAGUCUUAUGUUACUAUAUUCAACAUUAUGUUAUUUAAUUGUUACACGACCAUUUUAAAUUAGAUUGUAUUUGUGCCAACUGUUAGGCUAGCUAACGAGAGAAGCUUCAGCUUGCAUGACAAGCUACAAUUUGUAAAAGUUAGUGCCAAAUGUGACACUUUGUAACUAACUAGGGAUUCAGAUUAUUCAAUACAGAAACAGUUAAGAAAUGUCUAUUAGUAUUAAAUUAAUGCAAACCCCAUACUUUUGGAGAUUGUGAUUUUUUCCUUUUGAUAAAAUAUGAAGUAGGCCAAGGAUAGUAUACAUGAACACGGUUAUU